CCCGGAGACCUCCUGGAGAAGGUGGCUCCGAAGGCAGACGAGAAGAGCCCUGGAGUAGGGCUGAAGGGGCGGGCGGAGCAGGGACACCGCAGUCAGGCGCUUGGGAACGUCGUGAGCCAAGCAAGGAAGGAUGGGGCGUGCUGGGGUCUUGAGAAUUCCGGGAGAUAAGCCCGGAGGGGCGAAAGCUUAUGAAUGCCUCACGACGAAAAACUGACGCGUGGGAUUGGCAGAGGAAGCUCCGGGGACUCCCCACUUUCGGGGGCGUCCCGGCCCCGCCCCAUACCUGCGCGCCGGCCCCGCCUCCACUGAUCCAUUGGCUAGACCCGCCGCCCGUCAGACGAGCCCCCGCGGCCCGCCCCCAGCCCCAGAGCUGCGCCUCUGAGUGCUGGGGCCACCGUGCCAGCGCCACUCUGUCAGGCUGCGGGCCAUCUUCCGCGCAACGCCGCCCGCCAACCCAUUACCCGCGCCCGGCAGCCCGCCGCGGGUUCAGGGCGGACCAUGAGCCCGCCGAGCCCGCUGCCGGUCCGCUGGCUUUGCGUGCUGGCAGGAGCCCUCGCCUGCGCCCUCGGCCCCGCGGCUGCAGCAAGAUGUGGGACAAUCUUACCUGCUGGCCGGCCACCCCUCGGGGCCAAGUGGUCGUCUUGGCCUGUCCCCUCAUCUUCAAGCUCUUCUCCCCCAUUCAAGGCCGCAAUGUGAGCCGCAGCUGCACGGAUGAGGGCUGGACACAACUGGAGCCCGGCCCCUACCCUAUUGCCUGUGGCUUGGAUGACAAGGCAUCGAGUUUGGAUGAGCAGCAGCAGACUAUGUUCUACAAUUCCGUGAAGACUGGCUACACUAUCGGCUAUAGCCUGUCCCUUGCCACGCUUCUGGUUGCCACGGCUAUCUUGAGCCUGUUCAGGAAGCUGCACUGCACGAGGAACUACAUCCACACGCACCUCUUCGUCUCCUUCAUCCUGCGGGCUGCUGCCGUCUUCAUCAAAGACUUGGCCCUCUUCGACAGCGGAGACUCAGACCACUGUUCUGAGGGCUCGGUGGGCUGUAAGGCAGCCGUGGUCUUUUUCCAGUACUGUGUCAUGGCCAACUUCUUCUGGCUGCUGGUGGAGGGCCUCUACCUGCACACCCUGCUUGCCGUCUCCUUCUUCUCCGAGCGGAAGUACUUCUGGGGGUACAUACUCAUCGGCUGGGGGGUGCCCAGCACAUUCACCAUGGUGUGGACCAUCAUCAGGAUCCAGUUUGAGGAUUAUGGGUGCUGGGACACCAUCAACUCCUCAUUAUGGUGGAUCAUAAAAGCCCCCAUCCUCACCUCCAUCUUGGUGAACUUCGUCCUAUUCAUUUGCAUCAUCCGAAUCCUGGUUCAGAAACUGCGGCCCCCCGAUAUCGGGAAGAAUGACAGCAGUCCAUACUCGAGGCUGGCCAAGUCCACGCUCCUGCUGAUCCCCCUGUUUGGAGUGCACUACAUCAUGUUUGCCUUCUUCCCAGACAACUUUAAGGCUGAAGUGAAAAUGGUCUUUGAGCUCGUCGUGGGGUCUUUCCAGGGUUUUGUAGUGGCCAUCCUCUACUGCUUUCUCAAUGGUGAGGUGCAGGCUGAGCUGCGGCGGAAGUGGCGGCGCUGGCACCUGCAGGGCGUUCUGGGUUGGAACCCCAAACACCAGCACCCGUGGGGAGGCAGCAGCGGCGCCACGUGCAGCACGCAGGUCUCUAUGCUGACGCGCGUCAGCCCCAGCGCGCGCCGCUCCUCCAGCUUCCAGGCCGAAGUCUCCCUGGUCUGAUCACCCCGGGCCCAGAAACCCCAGGCGGCCACUUCUCCUUUGUACCCACCCUCGCCGGCACCCGGGACAGGGGCCUGCCCGAACGUGGGCAGCCACAGGCUGGGACUGGAAGGCUGCCCUGGUCCUCUGUCCAGACCCUCCUGGAGAACCUAUACACCCAGGCGAGCACUUCUAUGCGAGCUGGAGAGCUGGGAGCUACUCCCCUGGAGGAUGCGGGUGGAACUAUCAUCAGACUCCUCCUCCAAAGGGUUCCCAGCCAAUCAAGGGCAAGAAAUCUGCAUACUCUCCUCCCAAUUGAGACCCCCGUAGUCUUUUCUGACCAAUCGGAGGAAAGCAACUGCCCAUCCUCGAAGUUUUUGUUAUCUGAGGGCGAAGAGAUCCUGCCCCUGAAGAUCACCACAACCCUUACGGUGCCUCAAUUCCACCGCUGCAAUCAAGUUUCUUCAAGUUAAGCAUUGCCAUUCCGGCAUCUCCCUGAAGAUGCAAUCCCCCCCGCACUCCCCCGUGUCCUCUUACCUGCCAGCUCCUCCAGGUGAGUGAGUUUCUCUACCUCCGGCAGAUAAGAUUGUGGUUUGGAGUUUGGGUUUGGGGAGCACAGCGAUCUUUGUAAUCCCCACCGAAGCGGAGCGGGUUACAGCGUCUAUCAGGAGGGGCAAUGCAACCCAAGGACUGAGGAACUCCGGGGCCUUGGGAAGUAAGGAGACUUCACCAGCGAAUGCUGGGACCUCACACUAAGCCCACCUGCUCUCCAAGUGUCCCUGGCUUCAUCUAUCAAGUAGGAUCAGUCACACCAGCCUUACGCACAACCAAAGCAUUCAAGAUCUUCCCUCCUUGGCUGCUCACCUAUGUGCCAACUAUUGUAACUAGGCUCAGAGAUGUGCACUCUUGGGCCCCUUAAUCCUCACAUCAACCCAGCAAGGCAGGAAUUACUCUCCCAAUUUCACAGAUCCGAGAAUGAGUCUCAGAGAGAGCAGGUAUCUCACCCUGUCUUACAGGCAGGAAUUGGGCUCAGAUCUGGCUGACGGGGAAGUGAAAACACAAACUCUUCCUUUACUACCUUUUUUAAUGUAUUGUAACCAGUUAAA